CGUUCCCCCCUGCGAAAGGAAAGCCAAGCGACGAGAAACGAGGCAUCUCCACUGCUUUCCCCUCUUUGCUGCAUACCCACCCAAUCAUGCGCCACUUCUCACUUCGGCUUCAGCCGCUACUGGCUCUCCUGCUCGUCGGCUUCUCGUCCUUCGCCCUCGCCACAGACCCAAUCCUCUUGUUCGGACGAAAUGUCACCCAAAAGGGGUCACACGAUCCCCACCUCAGUCUCACCCCAAAAGGAGAGACCUUCCUACGCUCUCUCCCAAGCGACUUUGCCAUCAUCUCUGUCGUGGGGCCGACCAGAACAGGGAAAAGCCUCUUGAUGAAUAACUUUGUCCGUGCACACCAAACCGCCCUCUCAUCAUACUCAAACGACCGACCGUCUUUCGGGAACGAUAACAAACCCUUUGUGGUCAGCAAAGGUGUCACCAGUGCAACGCAAGGGUUGUGGAUAUGGCCAGAGCCGAUUCGGUUGAAUGGCAAGGAUACUUAUCUGGUCGAUGUCGAAGGGCUCCAUGGCGUGGAAAGCGUGCAGUCCUCUGCAUAUGAAGUCGAGCUGUUUAUAGCUGCAUGCAUGAUAAGCUCUAAUGUGCUCUACAAUACGUGGUAUCCUGUGCAUGCAGAGGAUGUACGCACUUUGAAACGCCUUGCAGCCUUCUCGCGCCUAUUCAUGAUGGACGCAGCAGCGGCGACAGAAACCAUAACGGACCCAAUACCAGAUGAUUUGUCGCCUCCAAAUCUGCAUUGGACGAUCCAGAACUUCAAUAAAUACUCCCUGCAAUUGCAAGGAUGGACGCCAGCAGAAUUCUUGGAUCAAAUCAUUAGGAAAGACUCGCUUUUGAAGGACGCGAACGUGGAUUAUAAAUUUGUAAAGCAGCAAUUUGGGUCGUUGAAGAUGAUGCCGAUAUCGCGCCCACUAGAUGACGAUGCCAAGAUGGCGGGUAUGAAUGGAGCAGUUAGCUGGAACGACUGGAACAAGGAAUACAGAAACGAUAUUCUGUCACUGGUCUCCAGUGUGGCGAGCAACCACGACUCCAAACGACUCAACUCAGCCCCUAUCGCGGGCUCCGUGUUGGCCGAUCUGAUAAAACGGUGGUUCGAGAACGCCCCCAUCCAGAUCCCGGAGCGCACAUCCUGGGACUCGGCCGUCGAGUUGAAACUGGACCACGAGCGCAAACACCUGCUGGAAAUAUUCGACCGCCAGGUCUCGCAGCUCCUUCCACCGGAUCCGCGAACCAUCACGUACGACGCUUUUAUCGAUAACUUGGAUAGCAAGGUGAAGAAGAUAUCGGAAGCGAUGCGGAUUUCGGCGGCGAGAGUGGGGCAGGAACCGGAGCAGAGCGCUGGUGUUGUGCUGUUGGGGAAACAGCUCGCUGAUAAGAAGAGUCUUUACAUCGAAAGAUAUGUGGACUGGGCACGGAGUCACGUAGCGACCCUAGGACGCCCUGCUACCACGGUCAUCAUUCGUUCCCUGCGCACCCUCCUAGCCAGCGACGAAGACUUGUGCAUGAUGUCCAAGUCAGCGUUGAGGAAAGAAAUGGACACGCUCGUCGAAAGUGCACUCGCACCAGCCCUGGAAACCGCGCGCAGAAUCCUACCACGCUCGGACGAUCCGCGGUCUCUGAUACUCAAUGUGAAGUACAACCGGGAAGCCACUUCAAAGGAGGUCAGAGAUGCUACGUCAGGCGCCAUCAUCGAAAACCUCCGCCGCCGCAUCAGCCACCGCCGCGCCCAAUGCCCGAGUCCCCUUGAACCCCUCUACGAUUUCAUACGCACCCACUACGGCAAACUGCUCGCAACAGGUGCCGCGAUCGCCUCAGCCCUCUUCCUGCACCACGACUCGAAACGCAACUACCGACAAUGCAGGAACGCGCUUAUCUGGCUCAAGGUUGAGGCACGUGUGGCGGUGCUGUGGCUUCGGCCGCGAAUACGCCGCGCCUUCGACGUCUUGACCACAAGCAUUGUGGGCGUCUACCUCCUUUACUUUGCAGUGCAGUACUGGAUCCUCGGCCGCACCGUGGGGGAGAUGUACCUGUUGAUAUGGCGAGAUCAGCGGAUCGUGGAUUUCAUGGGCGGGUUGCUGGUCGCGGUGGUGUGUUUGGGGCUGUUGGCUGUUGUUGGGGUUGUGGUUGAGAGGUUUGAGAGUGUUAGACAUCCAAUACCCCCCUCACCGCCGCGGGUAAAGGUGAAUUGUGUUAUCUUGUAGUGUAGCUCGUAGCGUAGGGCGUGUUUGCUGUUCAUCAUCACAACAAAGCUCAAAUUGCAUCUGCUGUAGAUACUACUCUUGUUCACUAGCCGAGGUGUUAUUUGAUAACAUAACUGGAGAUAUGUAGGUAGAUACAACGCCAUCCGUUAAUUCAAUUGCUUUCACAC